AUGAGGAGCUCAAAAGAAACUCUGGUGUGCCCAUACAACAAAACCCAUGUACUGCCUAUUAAUAAGCUUGAAUGGCAUCUCACAGAGUGCAAAGACAAAAUAAACCAGUCAAGUGGCUUUGCUAUUUGUCCUUACAAUCCACUGCAUCACAUGCCAGCCCAGCUGCUUGAAGCACACAAACAAGUUUGCAAAAACAAGACUCAGGAGAAACAGGAAAUUUUGAGAGAAGCUCCAAUUGUAGGCAAUAAGAACUCAUCUCAUUACAGCCGUCCAACUCAGCAAAAAGAUCUCCCACCUGGCUUUGCACCUGUUGCUGCUAAGAAAAAGAAAAAGAAUAAGAAAGUGAAGGAUGAGCCUAAGGUCCUGAAAUUUGAAGACCCAAAUGAUGAAUUUUUACCUACUUCUAAAUGGCUGCAGCCAGACUUAGAACUCAUCCAGUGCAUUGAAGGCUUACAAUUUGGUCUUCCGCCUGGUUUUGAGAACUACUUGCCAGAAGUCAAAGAGCCAGAACCAACACCUAAAGAGCCAGAACCAAAACAGAAAGAGCCAGAACCAAUCCUCAAAGAAUCAUUUUCUGAAUCCAAGCUGCAGGAUGAGCCGCCAGAGCCUCUCGCUUCUCCAACAGAGUCAAAACCCCAAGACGAGCCUAAACUUUCCCAAUCUGAGCCACACAUAAUCCUUUCCUCAAAAUCUCAAUCACCAGUAAAGCCCCUCAAUCCUAAGCCAGCAGACGAAUGGGUCACAAUUAAAGCAAAACCCAAAAAGAAAGCUCCCAAAAAAGUCGAAUCCAGCGGCUCUUUGCCCAUCUCCCAGUCAGACUUUAACACCUUAGCAGAAUUCCAAGUCUCUGCGUCCCUCACAAAGAACAAGAAAACCCUCAAAAAGAAGCUCAAAGAAAUCCAGCAGCUUGAAGAGGCCUACAACCGAGGCGAAAAACUAGACCCUCAGCAGCUCCUAAAAUUGCAAUCCAAAGACAAAACCGAGCGCGAGCUGGCCAGCCUCAAAUAA